AUGAAGCUUGUGACAAUUACGUUCGUGUGUUUAGCAGCGGCCGUGGUAACAUACGCCGAUCCCGAACCACACAAGUAUCACCACUACCCCAUUUACUACUAUGAUCCCUACAACCAUCAUGUUAAACCACUGGAGGGAGAUGGAGUGGCCAGACAUCCAGGUGGCGGCACUUCCUUCGUGGCUUCUCAAGUUCACGGCCUCACUAAACGCUCAGCUGACACCACGCCGGAACCUAACCCUGAACCAGCAGCUGACCCAGUUACUGCCAAUACCUAUAGUUACCAGGUAGUCCACCAAGGUCAUCCCCACUAUGGAUACCACCACGGCUAUCGCUACCCUUCCAGUAACUACCGCUAUAACCACUACUAUGGUUAUCCUCACAGAUACCACAGCCACCACAAAAGAUCAGUCGAAUCUGAAUCGGAACCUGAACCUCAUUACACCUAUCACGGACGCCCUCACUACUACAACAGAUAUUACCACGGUUACCCCGACCACUAUCAAUACUACGCCGGCUACCGUUACCGCUACAGAGGAUAA